AUGAAGCAUACAAACAAGCUGGAAACUGAGGGUAAUGAGAAAAUGAAUAUGAACAAUAUAUUAUUUCAAAAUAUUCAGGCUUCUCCAUACUUCAAACAAUUGUACGAGCUGAAAACUUACCAUGAAGUCAUAGAUGAAAUCUAUAAUGAAGUCUCGUCACUUGAGCCUUUUCUCAAGGGAACGACUGCUUCAACUGCUUUCUGUUUGCUCUAUAAACUUUGGACUUUGCGAUUGACCGUUAAACAAGUCACUGGAUUGAUUGAUCAUACAGAUUCACCACACAUUCGAGCACUUGGCUUCUUAUAUCUUCGAUAUGUUUGUAAACCGGCUGAUUUAUGGGGAUGGUUUGAGCAUUAUCUAGAUGACGAGGAAGAAAUUCAAAUUCAAGCAGGUUCGAGGCCUGUUAUAAUAACGAUUGGACAGAUGUGUCGACAAUUAAUGACCGAACAAAAAUGGAUUGGAACGAUGUUGCCACGUAUUCCCGUUCCGAUCGCCCGUGAUAUUGAUCAAAAGUUGAAAGCAAGAUCGCAACCACCACCUCCUCCCCCAAGGCGAGAAUCUCCCUCUUACGAUCUAGAACCUAGAAUAUCAGCAGAUAAGGAUCUUCCAGAUCACGUCGACUACGAGAACAUGAGCGAAGUCAUCGGGAUCGUAGACGAAGCAGAGACAGAGACCACGAACGACGAAGAAGUCGAAGUUCGGAACGUUAUAGAAGACACCGAAGUUCAACUCAUGAUCGAAAAGAAAAGGAUUACGAUCGGCACGGAAGCCAUGAACAUGAUAGAAGACACGAUGAAUCUAGUAGAAAGAGAAGGCAUUCUGACGAUAAAGGAAAUGGUCGGCGAAGGAGUCGAAGCCCAAGACAUUAAAAGCUUUUGA